GGGAUGUGGAAAAGGAAAGUGGUAUAAAUUUAAUGACACCAUCGUUGAAGAGUUUGAUUUGACUGAUGAAACCUUGGAGUAUGAAUGUUUUGGUGGAGAGUAUAGACCUAAAGUCUAUGAUCAAUCUAACCCUUACCCUGACGUGCGCCGGCGCUACUGGAAUGCCUACAUGCUGUUUUACCAGAGAGUGUCUGAUCAGAACUCUCCUGUCUUACCAAAGAAAAGUCGAGUGAGUGUUGUACGUCAAGAAGCUGAGGACCUCUCCUUAUCUGCUCCAUCUUCACCAGAAAUUUCACCCCAGUCAUCACCUCGACCCCACAGGCCCAACAGUGACCGUCUCUCCAUCUUGACUAAGCUGGUUCGAAAAGGAGAAAAAAAGGGGCUUUUUGUAGAGAAAAUGCCUGUGCGGAUAUAUCAGAUGGUGAGAGAUGAGAACUUGAAAUUUAUGAAGAACAGAGAUGUAUACAGUAGUGACUACUUCAGUUUUGUUCUGUCUUUAGCUUCACUGAAUGCUACCAAGGUAAAGCAUCCUUAUUAUCCGUGCAUGGCAAAGGUGAGCUUACAGCUGGCAGUCCAAUUCCUCUUCCAAACCUAUCUCCGAACCAAGAAGAAACUCAGGGCUGAUACAGAAGAAUGGAUUGCCACCAUAGAUGCACUGCUUUCCAAAAGCAUCGAUGCUUGUCAGUGGCUAGUUGAAUAUUUUGUUGGGCCGGAGGGACGGGAGCUUGUGAAGACUUUCCUCCUGGAAUGCAGUGUACGAGAGGUGCGAGUUGCUGUAGCCACUAUUCUUGAAAAAACCCUCGACAGUGCCUUGCUUUAUCAGGAGAAGUUAAAAAGUCUACAUCAACUGUUGGAGGUGCUACUUGCUCUGCUGGAUAAAGAUGUACCUGAAAACUGUAAAAACUGUGCUCAGUACUUUUUGCUGUUCAAUAACUUUGUACAGAAGCAGGGUAUAAGGGCUAGCAGUCUUCUUCUCAGACAUUCUGCUUUGAGGCACAUGAUCAACUUUCUCCUUGGCCCCAACCGUCAGAGUAAUCAGAAUCGGAGGUGGAGUUCAGCACAAGCACGUGAGUUUGGAUAUCUUCACAAUACUGUAGCACUACUAGUUUUGCACUCUGACGUCUCUUCACAAAGAAAUGUUGCUCCUGGUCUCUUUAAGCAGCGUCCACCUCUAAGCAUCACCGCUUCAGGUCCACUUUUGAUGCUCCAUGAAGAAGUGGAAGCCUUAUUGUUCCUGUCUGAGGGAAAACCCUACUUGAUGGAGGUGAUGUAUGCAUUGCGAGAGCUCACGGGAUCUCUGUCGGUUCUCAUCGAGAUGGUGGUGUACUGCUGCUUCUGCAAUGAGCACUUCUCCUUUACUGUGCUGCACUUCAUCAAGACUCAGCUGGAAACUGCCCCACCUCAUGAACUGAAAAACAUAUUCCAGCUACUCCAUGAGAUCCUGGUUAUUGAAGACCCAUUACAAGUAGAGCGCAUCAAAUUUGCCUUUGAAACUGAAAGUGGAUUAAUAGCCUUGAUGCACCACAGCAACCAUGUGGACAGCAGUCGUUGUUACCAGUGUGUAAAGUUCCUUGUUACUUUGGCUCAGAAGUGCCCUACUGCAAAAGAUUAUUUCAAGGAGAAUUCCCACCACUGGAGUUGGGCUGUGCAGUGGCUACAGAAAAAGAUGUCUGAACAUUACUGGGCUCCACAGAGUAACGUAUCUAACGAAACAUCAACGGCAAAAACCUUCCAGCGCACUAUUUCAGCACAGGACACGCUGGCCUAUGCCACAGCCUUGCUGAAUGAGAAAGAUCAGUCUGGAAGCAGUAACGGGUCAGAAAGCAGUCCAGCCAACGAGAAUGGAGACAGCCAUCUGCAGCAGGGCUCGGAGUCUCCGAUGAUGAUUGGUGAGCCUAAAAGUGACCUUGAUGAUGUUGACCCAUAGAGGAUGCCCACGAACACAAGAACAAGUCAACGCAAACAUUUAAUGCCUGGUACCUACUGAAACUGGAGUCCCAUCGCUUAUGCCAUUAGAAGAGUCUGGCUUUAUAAGAUUGGAGGCAGUGCAGGAGGAGGUGGUUUCCCUGAAAGCUAAAAGCAUUUUUUUUUGCCACAAAGGCUUCAGAUCGAUAAAUGCUCUAGAAAACUGCAUCUUCACCUGCAGUAACUUGUGACAGUCCAGACACCGAAAACAGUUUGUCAAGAAGUUUUUAUCAAAUACACAAACGCUAGUGGUUGAAUUUUUAUGUGAACAUUAAAUGAGUGAAUGUAAAACUGUUGCUUUUUCUGUGAUGCUGCAAAAAAAUUCUCUUGGUUUUUAUACAGGAAAAAGAAAAAAACAAAACAGACUGCCCUUAUGUAUGGAGGGCAAAUUUUUAAUCUUUCUGAUAAUAUUGAAUAGGAAUAUUCAAAUUUCUGUAAAGAUGCGUGAUGACUUACAUUUCAUUGUAAAAUAUUAGUUAAAGAAUGGGUUUACAUAAGGACUUCUGUAUUUAAUAUGUCUCCCUGCUAAUUUGUAAAGCUCUUUAUGAGAAGAAUCAGCAAGAUUGCUCUGUAAGGAGAACAACGCCUUACAGAAUGCGUUGGUCAAGGAGCUCUGGAAUGGGUCGUCUUUUCUGGUACCCUUCCGAAAACCACAGACAAUUGGGAAGGGCAAUAAAAGAAAAGGUUGUUCUCUAGGUAUGCAAGUGUUCAUUAUUAAAGGAUGUUGGUGAAUU